GGGAGGGUGAGGGAGUCUCAUCCUCUUUGCGGAAUCGCCAUCAAGAGAUUUCGGAAGCAUAAUUUUUAAAGUCCGAGGCUGCUGGUAAUCAUUUAUUCCGGCGCCUCCACACUGUAUGUAAAGAAACAUGGAAGCUCAUGCUAAGCUUUUCUUUAUACGAUGAAGUGGCUUCUGUUGCGUAUGAAAUUAAUGAUUUUAUCGGAACCUGUAGAGUGUGACCGACACAAUCCCGUAAAUAAGGGGAACGUAACGUAACAGAUCACCAGACCUAACAAUCUGUCCAUUUGCAUGAAUGUCUUAUAUUGUGGGAGUCGUUCAGUCAAGUAAAUUUCUGACAUUGUUGCCUCUCGCAAGUAAGCUUAAAACAGGGCGAGCGCUGUUUAGCAGGAAGUACGGCUACAAGAGGCAAGUACGCAUGCGCCGAAGCUCCCCACAAUCUAGGGAUGUGUUUGUCUUCAUAAAACGAUGUUGCACAAAUGCUGCCACCCACUCUAGUGUUCUGUUGUGAGAGCAAUGGCAAACACAAAUGAGGUGACGGUGUCUGUGGGGGACAUGGUGAUGGUGAAGAAUGAGGAUGAAGGUGAUUCAGAUGACCCCAAUAAGACUCAGGUCAUCCUGCAGCUCCAGCCUAUCAGCACUGGCGAUGAGUCAGCUGAAACCGAUGCAGCUGUUAUGGCUGUGGAAGCUCAAUCAGAGCAGACAGAGGGGGAUGAUGUUGAAAUUGGCUGUCCUAUAACCUGUGGCGACUGUAAAGCUGUGUUGCUUGUGAAAAAAUUUGUGUGCCCUGGAAUCAACGUGAAAUGUGUAAAGUAUGAAGACCAGUUGAUCAGUCCAAAGCAGUUCGUGCACCUGUCUGGAAAAGCCACUCUGAAGGACUGGAAGAGAGCCAUCAGGAUGGGGGGAGUCAUGCUAAGGAAAAUGAUGGAUUCAGGUCAGCUGGACUUCUAUCAGCACAGCACCCUAUGUACCAACACAUGCCGUAGUACCAAGUUUGACCUAUUAAUCAACAACACUCGCUUCCCUCCGGACAGCACCGGUCUCACUACGCCCACAUCCUCUCAGGUUCACACGGUCCUGGGUAACGGCGGGACGGUGCCUGACGAUCAAGCCGAGCUAAUGGGCAGGAAGUUGGACUGGAGCUCCAGCUCCAUGGAGUCUGGAGAUAAGAAGGGAUCCAGUGAGAUCUCAGAGGACACGCUGAAUUUCUGGAAGGGCAUUGCUGAUGUGGGUCUACUGGGGGAAGUGGUGACCAACAUCAACACGGAGCUGAUUCAGAUGCUGGACGGCGUGCUCCAGCGCAGAGAGCAAAAUGCCUUACAGGACACAGAUUCCUGUCUGGUAGAGGUGGCUGUACUCAGUAACCUUGCCCAAGUCUUUGGCCUGCUGGACUCGGUCAAGAAGAUUCUGGAGAAGAGGAAACAGCAGACGGACCCCAGCCAGGAGCAGAUCCUCAGCACCCUCACCAACCUGGAGGUUCAGUUGGAAGAACAAAAGAAGCAGCAGCAGGUGCGAGCGCUGCUCUCCUCCCCUCAAGCACCUAAAAACAAAGCCACCGCUAAGCGUCCAACCAAGCGUCCCCGCCUCCACAGGCCGGCCUCCACCACCACCCUCCUGACGUCCCCCAUCAGCCAGCAGGCCACCCUGCAGCCCCAGCAGUUCACUGUACUCUCCCCCAUCUCCCUGUCCUCUGUAGGGCAGCCGUUCACCGUGGCAGGCCUGCCCAUCGCCUCCUUAGCCCAGUCCUCCAACACGGUCACCCUGCUCCCCGCCGGCUCCCAGCUCUUCACUCGCUACAUGGUGGCCGGGGAUGGAAAGGGAGAUGCCAUCACUUUGCACCCUUCCUCGGGCCUCACGCUUGUAGGCGCCACUGCGGUUCAAGACUCCAGCCAGCUUGGUACGGUGAUGAGCCCUGUGGAGCUGGUGCACCUGAGCCAGCACGCCGGCGGCGCGGAGAUGGUCCCCAUUGAAGGUCAAGUGGUGGACGGCACCAUGCUGGUGCAGCAGGAGGUGAUGCAAGGGGACAUGGAAGCCGGCCAGGAGCACACAGUCAUCGAGAUCAACCCCACCCCCGUAGAGCAAACGGUGGGGAUGAUGGAGCUGCAGCUGGCCGACGAGUCGGGCAGGGACGCCACCGCCAUGGUGGUCCAGAGCGGGAUCGAGGUAACCAUGGCGGCGGAUGCAGAGGACACGCAGUGCCAGUUGCAGGAGGCACAGACUGAGACUGUUCAGGGGCUGCAGCUGGAUGCUAGUGGGCAGCUAUCAGGGGUGCAGAUCGUGGUGAUAGAGGAAAAUACUCAGGAUGACAACAAGGCCAAGUAAGGCCAGGACAGACUCUCUGGUCACCCUCACUGCUGUGUUUGAAACACUCUGCAACAGAAUUUAAUUUCACAGCUAAAAGGAGCUCAAUGUUUGGGUUUGUUAAUCUUAAAGAUGAGUCUGGUUCAUUGCAACUUAGUUCUGAUGCUAGUACCUUUACCCUCAACAACAGUGAACUAACAGAAUCCUAUGGAGGUCUGUUGUUCUCAUUUAACUCUGUUGGUAGAUGUUUGAGCCCUCAACUCUGAUCAGGUUUACUGUUUAGAACAGCAAAGUCUAAAAAAGUCUUUAUUGGUUUAUUGCAAAUAAAGACUUCUAUCCCAUUUAGAUAAACCCACAUGUGGGUUUCAACAUCAGGCUACUGCAAUACCUGUGGUGCCUAGAAUCUGGACAGCUGCACAAGGGUCCAGCUUAGAGUCCAAAAUGUGACUUUUUUCAAACGCCAUUGAGUUGUUGUAGUGCUGUCUGACGCCCACUAGGAGUCCCCUGAUCUUCACUCACUCACUGUUGGGUGCUUCAGCAACCAUCCAAUAACUACUGUUCCACUGCUGAUGGAACCAAGCAAUUCUUUCUUUCUGAUUAAAAAUGUCAAACAUUAAGAUGAGAACCAAGUUGUACUGAAUCAGACUUGUGAACAAGCAAAAGAUUGAGGUGACUCUACAUCAGUGGUGCCCAAAGUGGGUCCUGGAGGGCCGGCAUCUUCAUGUUUUAGUUCUCUCCCUGGUUUAACACAUCUGCAUUAAAUGAUGGCCCAUUAGAAGAAAAGAACAUUGACCUGGUGAGAAGAUUGUUACUACCACCAGGGAGAGAACUAAAACAUGCAGGAUCUCGGCCCUCGAGGAUCGACUUUGUGCACCACAUGUUAGCCCAGCUGGGUGCCUCUCUCUCUGCUCUCCAUAGGACUUAUUACCAAGAACAGUGUUGGUGUUGGUGAACCGAUUUGCUUCAUGUGGGGUUUUCAGCCAGGUUCAGUUUUUUUUUUGUUUUGGGAUUUUUUGCACUGUGUGAUGUCUUUAAAGACUUUUGGACGAUGUAGACAUUUCUUCAGAAUGUGGCCCCGUUUCUUGGGGCGUCCCAAGUGUUUUUGUCUUCACAGGUUGAUCUCCUCACCGGGCCUGCAGCGGUUUCCUCACCUGCUACCGAUUUUCCGUUCCUCUCAGUGUGAAGAACUGUCUGAGCUCAAGGGACAGUUAGGUUAGGAACUGAAAGAACGAACAUGCCCGAUGUCUGAUUUGCCUGUAAAUUACUGAUAUAUUUAUUAGUUUUCAAGCUGUAGAGGUUUGGCCUGUUUGAUGUGCAGAUGUGGAUGAAUUAAUUUAAGUUCUUUGCUACAGCUUGCACCAACAAAGACCUGUUCAAUAAUUUAAUUUAACAAAUGAGAGCAUUUGCAUACUGAAUUUGUAAUGUGUUUUAAUAUCAGAUUAAAAGAAAGAAACAAACUGAA